GUUAAUUCGUAAGUUUGUUUCGUAAUUACUUUUCAUUGUCAUUUGUGAAUUUAUGUUAGUAACUUAAUUACUUUCCAUUGUCAUUUGUGAUUUUAUGUUAGUAACUUAAUUACUUUCCAUUGUCAUUUGUGAUUUUAUGUUAGUAGCUUAAUUACUUUCCAUUGUCAUUUGUGAUUUUAUGUUAGUAGCUUAAUUACUUUCAUUGUCCUUUUUGAUUUUAUGUUAGUAACUUAAUUACUUUCCAUUGUCAUUUCUGAUUUUAUGUUAGUAACUUAAUUACUUUUCAUUGCAGAUGGCAUUCCAAAGGUUCACACUUGGGUUGCGGUGGAAUGGUUACACGGAAGAGACCGAAAAGGGUGUAAGUUACGUCGGUGGCAAUUUUUAUAAAAUGAAGGUCCGUACGAGACCGAUGCUUGAAGAGCUCCAUCAAAUGUGCACUCAGAUUACCUGCAUGGAUGGCACUAGAAGAGUUGAUCGAAUGGUGUAUCGAUAUCCAAACAGACAUGAUGGGUCGCUGUGGCAUGAGGAAUUCCUCCUUACCACUCAGGAGGACGUUGAUGCCAUGGUCCAAUUUUUGACCACCAAUAAAAUUAAGCAAGCGGAGAUUUUCGUUUACACCGAGGUCGUCGAAGGCAGUGUAGGUCAUUCUGGAGAUGGCCAAACAUCUGGUAUCCACGGUGGGAGUGUAUUAUACGAAAAUCAUUCCCACCAGGAUUUCCAAGAGUCGAGCUGGAGGCAAGAGUAUCAUCAUGGUACUGGAGGAAGUCAUCAAUCCUUCCCGUCAUAUGAAGAAGAAGCUCAACAGGCGGAUUACAACCAACAAGCAGGCUACCAGUACCCACCCGACUACAACUUCUAUCAAAGCGGUGUUAGUUACCACAACUACCAUUACGGAGCUAGUGAAGGUGAAGGUGCCUUUCAUGCUGGUAGUCAGAUGGAAGAAGAGGUCAAUCCAUCACAGUCUUUUUGACAGAAAAAGGGGGGAUCCGAGGAUCGCUUAGAACCCGAUUUUCCCAAGUCAUGGGGGGAUCAAGAUGAUCGCUUAAGUCCCCAUUUCCUUAGACAUGCAUUUCUUUAUAACAGAGUCUCAAUAAGUGUUGUAUUGUAUUGAUUUAAAUUAUUGAAAAUAAUCAAUACGAUUAACAAUUAAGUAAAUUAUUGUACAACAAAUAAAUUACUUUAACAAAAUACAAAUCACAAGUGAUGAUAAAUAAUAUGUACCUUGUGGUCGUUCCAAACGUCUCUUGAACGAUGAUUAGCUUGAUCGUAUAAAACUGUCGGAUCAAUCGGUCCUUGAUCAACAUAAUAUCGUUGAUUGAAAAUAUCAACAUUCGGCCCAACCUACGAUAGCAUAACAAUAACAUAAAUCAUUAGUAUAUAAAUUAAAUAAAUCAUUAUAACAACAACAACAAUUGGGGAAAAUGAGUACGUACCGUUUGAUAAUCAUCAUAAAAAAGACACUCUUCUUGGGCGAAAUCGGCCAUUCUCUCGGAAUCCGGACAGAGGUUCGACGGGUUUUUAGUGAAAACCAAAGAAAAAGUAUUUUGGAGGCAGAUCGGACUUAGCCGCAACCAACAAAAACACUAAUUCUAAGGUUGGGUGAGAAGGGGUUGGGUAGAGAGAAGUUAGAGGGAGAGAGGGAGGGAGGUGGAUGGUGUGCAGAAAAAAGAAGGAGAGGGGGGUUUUUAUAGGGCUCAAACCGCGUGGGGGAGCGUCGGUGGAGUAAAUGCUCGCCACCACAAACCGCGCCCCCAGCACGCGGUUAUAGUUUCCCGAUGGUCAAACCGCGCAUCAGAUACGCGGUUUCAUUUUCCCAACGGUCAAACCGCGCCUCGGGCAGGCGGUUUUUGUGGACGACACGGACUGCUGACUCGGCACACGUUUUAUCCGUCUAAACGCUUCUCCGAUUGGCGGUUUGAUGCACCGCCAUGUGGCAACACGGUUUGACAGCCAGAAUUGGUCAAACCGCGCCUUGGGGGAGCGUUUUUCCCUUUAACCGCCGCCUAGAUUAGCGGUUUCAUUUGAAACCGCUCAUUAAAUAGGCGGUUUUAAAUAAAGGGUGGUAUUUUUGGAAAUUCUUUGGAGUGGGUGGUAUUUUUGUAAUUUUUUUUUUAACAGUGGUAGUUUUGGAUUUUUUCCGAAAGCCGACCCUUAUGAUGAAGGGAAGUAAAAAGCGUGGGGGAGAAGAAAAAGAAGUGAGCAGAGGCAUGGAGAAGUAGAAGGAAAUCGCCAGCCUAUUUUUUGGGAAUUGGUCCGGUCCAGAGAGGUCGUCGUGAGAGAGGGGGUGUUUUUUAUUAUAGGAGAGUCAGCUUGUUCCCCAAGUAUGGAACAGUGUUGGGGUUUGGUCGGACCAGUCUGGGUUUGGUUGGACCGAUUUCUGACCAGUUUGACCUUGUCUACUGGGCCUGACCAGGUUGACUUUUGGGUUUGGAUCCAAAUUGACUUUGGCCUUUGAUUUAGGCCUAAAUUUAUUUUAUUGUUGUAUUGUGUUUGUAAAUUUAAUGUAAUAACUAUUUAACAAUUAUUAUGUAAUGGCAUUGUGCUUGUAGAAUUAUUUAUAUUUGAUUUAAUUCCAAUUAAGUUUAGUACCCAAUCAUUGCAAGAGCCGAAGUCUUAGCAUCAAUUAUAUGAUCAUCCGAUUUGUUUAACCGAAGCAUGUCAAUACUAUCAAAUUGUACCGCUACAAAUAUGUUUUAGCUUGAAGAUCAUUCAAGAUUCGCUAUUGCAAAUCUUCAAUAAAAACUAAAUUUUGUU